AUGGCACUUGGAACACUCCUCCCAGUCGUCGGUGCUUCUGUGGUGGCUCUCAUCAUCUAUGCUGUCCUAUUCAUCGGGCGGCGUGAAAAGGGUCUUCCUCCUGGUCCUCCCACCGCUCCUAUCAUAGGCAAUCUACACCAGAUUCCAACCAAAGGAUCAUAUCUCAAAUUCACCGAAUGGUCCAAAACCUACGGCGGGAUUUUCUCCUUGAAGCUAGGCACUGGGACCGGCAUUGUCUUGACGGACCGAAAACUGAUCAAACAACUACUAGACAAGAAAUCCAGCAUUUACAGUAAUCGACCACACAGCUAUGUGUCACAUAACCUCAUCACUGGUGGUGACCACGUGCUGAUCGCACACUACGGCAAGACAUGGCAACGAUAUCGGAAAGUCAUCCACCAGCAUUUCAUGGAGUCUAUUGUCAUGAAAGAUCAUUUGCCGUUGCAGCAGGCUGAGGGCUCUCAAUUGCUUUAUGACUAUCUCACUGACCCUGAGAAUCAUAUGUGGCAUCCUAAGCGGUUCACCAAUAGCAUUGCCUGUGGCACGAUCUGGGGAGUGAGGUCUCCUUCUAUCGACACGCCGCAUAUGAAGAGGUUGUAUCAUUUGAUGGAAGACUGGUCUGUCGUUAUGGAGCCUGGGAACACGCCUCCUGUUGACAUCUUCCCCUUUUUGCACUGGAUCCCCGAGAAGUUGUUUGGAAACUGGAGGUCGCGUGCGACACACGUCGGCGAUGCCAUGAACGGCCUAUACUGCGACAUGCUCGAGGGUCUGGAGCGACGCCGCGAAAAAGUCGGCCCUCGAUUCUCCUUUAUGGAUCGAGUCUUGGACCAACGAGACAAGCUGGAGCUGAACAAGCACCAGUUGUAUUUCCUCGGUGGCACCAUGAUGGAGGGAGCCAGUGACACAAGUUCCAGUAUCAUUUUAUCUGCUGUUCAGGCCUUUGUCAAGUGGCCUGAAGUCAUGCGGAAGGCCCAGCGCGAGAUCGACUCUGUCGUUGGGGAAGACCGCUCCCCCGUCUGGGCAGACUAUGACAAACUACCCUACGUGGCAGCAACCGUCAAAGAGGCCAUGCGUUGGCGUCCCGUUGUACCAUUGGCAUUCCCGCACGCAGCAGAUGAAGAUGACUGGAUCGACGGCCACAAGAUCCCAAAAGGGAGUGUCGUCUUCCUCAACGCGUGGGGCAUCCAUCAUGACCCCGUCCGCUUCCCCGACCCCGAUACUUUCGACCCAGAUCACUACAAAGGCGUCACCGCAUUGGCCUCGGAGCUGGCUCAGAGUGUCAACCCUGACGACCGAGAUCAUUAUGGUUAUGGUGCGGGACGUCGGCUGUGUCCCGGCAUUCAUCUGGCGGAGCGCAAUCUGUUCCUGGCCAUCUCAAAACUGCUUUGGGCCUUUGACUUCAAGCCCGGCAAAGACGACCAGGAUCAAGACGUUGUCCCAGAUGUUGACCCCACCACUGGCUACAGCGAGGGCUUUUUAGUCUGCGCAAAACCAUAUGCACUCGACAUCCAGGUCAGGAGUGAAAAAAGGAGAGAAACCAUAAUCAACGAGUUCGAGGCCGCCAAGAGGGAUUACUUUGCUAAAUUCGACGUCACCGCGUGA